UACAGACACGAAACAGUUACGAAGAUCAAGACAUACAAAGGAGACCAAGAAUACAUAAACAGGACAAUUUCCCUUUUUCAACCUCCAAAACACACUCUCACUCCCGGAAUGUACUCCUUCCCGUUUUCAUUUCCCAUCCCGAGUAACAUUCCCUCCUCCUUUAGCGGGACUUACGGCAAAGUGAGGUAUUUCAUCCGCUACAGAACCAACCAUAGAAACUUCUACACAACCUUCUCAAAGGACAAAGAAGCGAUGGGAGACUCCUACACAACCUUCUCAAAAGAUAAAGAAGCGGUGGGAGACUCCUACACAACCUUCUCAAAAGAUAAAGAAACUGUGGGUAUAGUUGUGUUAUCUCUACAAGAUCUCAACCUAUUGCCAAAUGUUUGGAGGCCUGUCCAGUUUAGAGGGUCCAAAACAUUCGGGGUACUGACCCAAUCACUGCCGCUCUUUGUCGAGGUCUUCUUACCCAAGAGAAGCUAUGUCCCAGGAGAGGUUAUUCCGAUAAAUGCUAAGAUAUCUAACGAAACUGAUACUGCUAUAAAGCGGUGCGAGAUAUGGAUCAAGCAACAAGUAACUUUCACUGCUUCUGUCACCUGGAAGAGCGAACAAACUAUUGAACACUUUUCCAAGGUGAAAAGGCCAGGUUUUGGAGCACGAACCCAUGAAAUUUGGAACAGUGUUCCAUAUUUCGUUCCCGCUCUGCCACCAACGGAUCUUCCACAUUGUGCGUACGUAAGUGUCAAACACUGGCUGAUGAUCAAGCUUGUCCCAGUGAGGGGAAUGGAUUUAGAGUUGGGAGAGAAUAUUAUAAUCGGCAAUGUUCCAGUGAGGCCCUUGGGUCAAGAGCCAAGCAUUUCGAACAGCCCUGUUUACCAACGUUCAUUUUAUCCAUCUCGACCAUCUGCUCCCUCGGCCCCACCAGACACUAUAUCAAGCAUGGAGAACAGUUACAGCGGAGUCAACAACCACAUAACAUCAGUAAAGUUUAGUGAAGUCCCCAAAGGAGAUAAAAGUUUGGGAGGUAUCUUUAACAAGUUUGUGUCCAGCUAUGGGACAGAAAGUUGCCCACCUAAAUAUCCGGUGUUUGAUCUCAACCGGGAUUGUGUUGAAAGGGAGUUCGAAUUUCUUUGAGAAAUUACCAUGAUUUUUAAAGUAAUAACAAGUACUUUUCAAAAAAUAAAAAUACAAGUUUGUUAGAUUAUAAAACU